CAUGACCUCACAUCCGACACGGCAAAAUACGAAGUGAAGGAAGGGAGGAAAAUGGGUCCCUCCCUCGACCGUCAAACUUUGGCAGAUUUUUUACGCUUUUAGGCCGAUGACUUGUAACGAAUCUGCGAACAAUUGAUGGAGAUCAUAUGAGAGAUUAUUUUAUUUGAACGUUUCGGCUACAUUAACCAUUUAAAAUGGAUAGAAAGGACAUGUCAAAACGCUCCAGUUUUUUUGGAGGCAAACGCAUCUUGACCAAGCCCUCCAAGAAGGCGGAGUCGGGCAACAAGAGGGACCAGCGGCUGCAGUCCCGCCCCUCGGUGGAGGAGGAGGAGGCCCAUCAGGAGUAUGAACGCAUCCAGCAGAGACUCACCGACCAGGAGGUGGAUGCUGCCCUGGAGAAGAUGCUGGAGGACAUGGGGCUCACUGGCAACAAAGCUGACCCCUUGCGGGCGCGUGACAUGACUACCAAGAGAGAGAUGGUGCUUCAGUACAUGAAACGCUCGGGCUCUUCAGCGGGUAGAAAAACAGUGCAGAAACCAGGCGACUACAUCUUGGAGUUGAAGCACUGCGGUCCGGGGGACUCAGAGCGUCUCCUGUCCACCCUGGGCUCCCUGAAGGUGUCGCUGGGCAGCAACACCAUCAGUUGGGUCCAGCAGUUUGGGGAGGCCGGCCUGACAGAAAUACUGAAGAUCAUUAAUGAUUUUACCAAUAGGGAGGACCAAAGGAGUGUGGACGUCAGGCACGAGUGCAUCAAGUGCCUCAAGGCCUUCAUGAACAACAAGUACGGCAUCCAGAUGAUGUUCAACAAAGAGGGCGCUCUGAGCACCGUGGCGGGGACGCUGGACCCCCGGCACGAGCAGAUCAUGGUGGAUACGGUCCGGCUGCUGGCGGCCGUGUGCUUGUACCCUGGAGGGCAUGAGAAAGUGUUGGCAGCCCUGACAGACGUGGCCGAGUUCAGAAGUCGGCCGAGAUUCGCGCCCAUCAUCGAGGCCCUGAAACAGGAAGAGAAUCCUACACUGCAGACGGUCUGCAUGCAGUUAGUGAACGCAGUCAUCAUCACACCACGUGAACCCGAGGAGCUAGACUUCAGGUUACAUCUACGCAAUGAGUUUCUCCGGACAGGAAUGCUGGAUCUCUUACCUGAACUGAGAGACAACAAGAGCUCCGAGCUGGAAACUCAGGUCACCGUCUUUGACGACCACAAAGAAGACGACUACGAUGAGUUCUGCCAUCGCUUCGAAGGCCUCAAAGUAGAGAUAGACGAUGAGGAGUCAGCGUACCAGCUGCUUCACCAGCUCGUCGGCGAUACUCCAGCUGAGCCGUUCUUCCUGUCCAUCCUGCAGCAUCUGCUCAUGAUCAGGGAAGAUGGUGUGAUAAGACCACAGUACUAUAAAUUAAUAGAGGAAUGCAUCUCCCAGAUUGUGCUGCACAGAGGAGGCUGCGAUCCGGACUUCAGACACACGUGCAAAUUUGAAGUUGACGUGGAACCCCUCAUAGAGGGUCUCAAAGAAAAAGCAUUUUACGAAACCCUGGAGACGAAGGCAACGAAGUUAGAAAAAGAGCUGGACCAAGAGUUGACGGCACGGCAGGAAUCCGAGGCCAAGCUCUCCCAGGCGCACAAGAAGAAUGAAGAAUACGAGAAGAAAAUAGCAGAGCUUGAAUCACAGAUUGCAUCAGGUGUCUUUGUCCCCUCAUCAUCAUCAUCAGUACCAGCCCCACCAGGCGGCGCAAUACCCCCACCCCCUCCACCCCCAGGGAUGGGUGGUGGCCCACCCCCUCCCCCGCCCCCACCGGGUAUAGGCGGUGGCCCACCCCCUCCCCCACCACCCCCAGGGAUAGGCGGUGGACCACCCCCUCCCCCGCCACCCCCAGGGAUUGGUGGUGCCCCGCCCCCUCCUCCACUCCCAGGCAUGGGGGGUGGCCCACCCCCUCCCCCGCCACCUCCCGGUAUGGGGGGACCUCCUGGGCCUCCCCCUCCCCCAGGCGGGGUACCCAUGGUAGGGGGCAGGGGUCCCUUCACCCCUUCACCGGUGGCUGAGCUUCCCCAUGGAAUGCGAGCCAAGAAGAAGUACACCCUGCAGACGCCUCUGAAGAGAGCCAACUGGAAUAAGAUCCAGCCACGAAUCCUCAACAAAGACUCGUUCUGGGUCAACGUAGAUGAGGAGAAAGAGGAAGAUGAUACCGUCCUGACCGAACUGGCAAACAUCUUUGCUUCCAAACCAGCUGCCAAGAAGCUCGGCAGUGAAGAUGUUGGCGAUGGGGAAAAGGCGACGACGAAGAAAAAAGCCAAGGCCUUCAAGGUGCUGGAUGCCAAGACGGGUCAAAACUUAGCCAUCCUGCUGGGUUCCCUGCGUGUCCCCCACCAGAACAUGAAGCGCUGGAUCCUGGAGGUUGAUGAGAACCAUCUCAACGAAGGGAUGAUCCAAACCUUACUCAAGAACCUGCCGGAACCGGAGCAGAUCAACAGUGUCUACGCGCUCAAGGAUGAGUUCGAGGACAUGGCCGAGGCUGAACAGUUCUGCGUCACUAUUGGAUCAAUCAAGCGUCUGAUACCCAGACUACAGUCCAUCAGUUUCAAGAUGAGGUUCCAGGAGUCCGUCCAAGACAUCAAACCAGUGGUUGUCAUGGGAACCAAGGCAUGCGAGGAGAUCCGAGAUAGCAAGAAGUUCAAACGCUUACUGGAGAUCCUUCUACUUUUUGGCAACUACAUGAACACGGGCUCAAGGAACGCGCAGUCAUUGGGGUUCGACCUCAACUACCUGACAAAACUCCGGAACACAAAAUCUGUCGACAACAAAAUCACCUUCUUGAACUUUGUGGUGGAUAUAAUCGAGACCAAAUACCCCGAGGUCUCUGAUUUCCUGGAGGAGAUCAGCCACGCAGAGAAGGCAGCCAGAGUACCUGUGGAUACAGUCAGUGGCAACCUGCGCAACAUGCUGAAGCAGAUCAAGCAGCUGGAGACGGACAUCAAGUCCUUCGUGCCCAGCAAAGAAGGCAACGACCAGUUCAAGGAAGUCAUGGGAGAGUUUGUGGUGCAAGCGAGGGAGCAGUACGAGAUGCUUGAGAGCAUGUUCACCAAGAUGACUGACCUGUACAGCUACCUGGGCGAGUUCUACUGCUUUGACGUCUCCAAGAGGCCGUUUGAGGAGUUCUUUGGCGAUCUCAAAAUCUUCACCGAUGAGUACAAGCUGUCGGCCAAAGAGAACAAGAAGAGGCGGGAAGCGGAGGAGAAGGCGAGGAAGGCCAAGGAGGCCAAGCAGAAGGCCGAGGAAGAGAAGCUGGAAAAGAAGAGAAGGAAGGACCAACUGGCUGGAAUGAAACUAGAUGACGACCAGGCAGGCGUGAUGGAUAAUCUACUGGAGGCAUUGCAGAGUGGUACGGCCUUCAACAGAGGAGACAAAGGAGGCAGGAAGAGAACGCCCAGAGCGGCUGGAGCCGAGAGAAGAAGACAGCUGGAGAGAACGAGGUCGAGGGUUGGCCUUCUGGCGCCCGCGACGGCCAAGGAGAUCUCACUGGACGACGACACCGAGGCGCCCAAGGCGCGGCAGCACGCCGUGACCAACAACCGGACGCGACAGCGGAAACCUGUCAACGCCUGGGGCGAGGGAAAGGAAGGAGAAGACUUGAUGGAACGCCUGAAGAACUUAUAGUGAUCGGCAUUGCCAAUAAAAAAUUAACCAUCGUGAUGCCAACUUUCUCCCAAGUUCCUGUGGGGGUUUCGGAAGGGGCAACAUGAGUGCUUUGCAGAUGAUGGAGAAUUUUUUUUGUGUCGUCACUGCGUAGUUUCUGCAAGACUGCAUGGAAUUGGUGUCUCCACUUUGUCUUCGGGAUUGGUUUUAGGGUAUAUCCCAAAUUCCGAAAGACAAGUGAAUAUCGCUUCCGAACUCCGUUUUUUUUUCAACUCAACUGAAAGGCCCAAGGUGCUAAAGACCUCACGAACCACAAAUUGGCACAUCGAGCAUAACUGCCAACACAAUAGAGUGGCAUGCAGAGAUGCAGAAGUAAGUACAGACAUUUUCAUCGUGCCUUGGAUGCCAAAAUAUCAAGUAAAAGAUUUAUAGACCAGUGAUGAUCACGACUGUGGAUACCAGUGAACUUGUAUGUAAAAAACCACAUAGAAUGAGUGGUUUACCUGGACAAGAUGUAGGUUUAAAACUGCACUGUUAGGAAAGCACUGGGGUAGUUUUGCUUAAACAAUAACACAUCAAAGAAAGGGGAAAAAACCCAUGUUGGUUUAUAAGUUUUGCAUCGAAUGCAACAUGAAUUUUUACAAAACAGGGAUUUCUGUUUAUACACAGUGAACUUGGAUUAAUUAACGGGAGUACGGUUUUGAGAUUUUUUUUGGUAAACAAUCUGUGAUGAAAUAUGAUUGACUGCCUCAAUUCUUUCGCUUUGUAUAUAAUAUUGCUCUUUUCCUAAAAGAAAAAAAAUGCUUCCUGAGUGUCAAGCCAUUUUUGUCAACGCGAAGCAAUCUGACAUUGUUUGGAGAGCCUGAUUUUGCACUUUUUGCUAGCUUUGCCUUGCGAUAUAUAGAGAAUGUACGGUAUCUAUGGCGAUGACAAAGUGUGUGCCGUAACAAAUAUUUUCUAACAGCUGAAUUUGACUGAGCGAAAAAUUUGUGUAAUGUAUCAUUUUUUUCGUGGUAACCGCUGGGGUCUUUCAUUUGUU